AUGGCUGGGGCUACGCCUACGACUGCAAAAGAGAUCCAGCACGAUGCUAUCGUGCAAAACACCGACCAUGAUGCGGCCACGUCUCGGCUCAGUGCAGUUGAUGCCGGCUACCUAGAGGACCCCUUUGCACACCUGAUUGGUCCCUCCGAGGGCGUGUCGAGACGACUGCCACUGAUGAAUCGAGGUACUUACGUGAGAACAACGGGCAUUGACAGGAUCGUGGAUGCCUUUCUGUCCGCGCCAGAGAAUCCUCACAAGCAGAUCAUUUCGUUGGGCGCAGGAAGUGACACGAGAUAUUUCCGGCUUAAGCAGGCCCGGCGAAACGUGGCCAUCACCUACCAUGAAAUUGACUUUGCGGCCAACACGCGACGCAAGAUCAGUCAUCUACGGAGUCCUACAUUUUCGGUGGCUGCAAAAACCCUUGCGGGUAUCGACAUGCGUGCCCAAGAGGUCGACAUCUCCGAGGACGGCACGACGUUGACUUCUCCCGAGUACAUCAUCCACCCACGAGAUCUACGUCAACUUCCUCAUCAACAGCCCGGACUGACAGGUCUGGACACGAGCUUGCCAACGCUCAUCAUCUCUGAGUGCUGCCUCAUCUACUUACCCCCCGACGAUGCGGAUGCAGUGCUACAGUACUUCUCGAAUUUGUUUCCCUCAGGUACCCCCUUGGCCAUCGUAAUAUACGAACCCAUUCGGCCCCACGACUCCUUUGGUAGGACGAUGGUCAACAACCUCAUGAACAGAGGCAUUCAGUUACAGACACUGGUAAAAUAUGCGGACUUGGCUGAACAGAGGAUAAGACUGGAACGUCACGGCUUUCAGAAUAGUACAGCUGGGACUCUCGGGGGCUCACGGUCUGUCGAUAUCGACUUCAUCUGGCGAGAAUGGGUGGAGGCUAGUGAGAAGGAACGGAUAGAGGGCCUAGAGUGGAUGGAUGAGGUUGAAGAAUUCGUUCUGUUGGCGAAACACUACUGCAUCUCAUGGGGUUGGCGAGGAUACAACGAAGAUGGCCACUGGCGUAGCCUUCCAUCUGCCAUUCCUCCUUAG